AAUUGGAGAGUGAUAUAUAGAGAGAGGGAAUGAGAGAGAGAGAGAGAGAGAGAGAGAGAGAGAGAGAGAGAGAGAGAGAGACCUUGGGGAAAGCAGAGCAUAUGGUCUUGUGACGUAACGCCGCUCGUUGGAUCGCUUUGACAACAUUGCAGUGUGUCUUUUGUGUGCGCGUGUGUUUACGUGAGAGUGUGUUCCUCAGGAUUAAAUCUAACCUAUAGACAGUCAUAUCCGAAGGCUCGGACGCGCACUAGAAUAACUCCACUAUACCUGCAGUAAACAAUGAACACGCUGACCGCCGCCUCCUGCCUGCUCGUCGCCGGCAUCAGCUGCUACCUCUACGGCAGCGAAGUGUUCUCAUCUCUGCUCCGGCUCUCUGUUGCAGACCUCUCCAUGCCCGAGCCGGGAGAUGCUCCGCGGCAGAGCCCGCAAGGAGUCCCCUACACCGAGCUGCAGCACAUCGUCAACGCCGAUGGACUGCACCUGUUCUGCCGCUACUGGGAGCCCGCCAGCCCGCCAAGGGCUCUGGUGCUGGUUGUUCAUGGACUAGGGGAGCACUGUGGGCCAUAUGAUGAGAUUGCACAGAGAUUAAAGGACCUGUCCUUUCUGGUGUUUGCCCAUGACCAUGUCGGCCACGGUCAGAGUGAAGGAGACCGGAUGACCAUCAAAGACUUCCAGUUUUUCAUCAGAGACUGCCUGCAGCACAUCGACCUGAUGAAGAGCCGCCACCCUGACCUGCCUGUCUUCAUCCUGGGUCACUCCAUGGGCGGUGCGAUCUCCAUCCUGACAGCGUGCGAGAGGCCCAGUGACUUUGCCGGAGUGGUUCUGAUCGCCCCGUUGGUCCAGAUGAACCCAGAGUCGGCCACACCAUUCAAGGUUUUUGUGGCGAAGCUCCUCAACCGCGUGGUGCCCAGCCUCACUCUGGGGACAGUCGAUUCCAAAUGGAUCUCACGGGACCAGAAGCGGGUGAAGGAGUAUGAAUCGGAUGAGCUGAACUACCACGGCGGCCUGCGGGUGUCGAUGGGUAUUCAGCUGAUGGGGGCGGCAGCGCGUAUCGAGAAGGAGAUCCCGACCAUCAGCUGGCCCUUCUAUCUCCUGCACGGGGAUGAGGACAAACUCUGUGACAUCAACGGCUCCAAGAUGAUGCAGGAGAAGGCGGCCAGCUCAGAUAAGACAUUAAAAAUCUACGAGGGAGGCUACCACUCGCUUCACCAGGACCUCCCUGAGGUGGCCGAGUCCGUGCUGAAGGAGGUGUCCGGCUGGAUUACAGAACGACUCCCGGUGAAUACAACGCAGCAACCGCAGGGCUCGUAGAACAACGCCACUGCCAACGAGGCCUGCUCACAUUCCAGUAGUCUGUCUUAAAAUACUCCUCCUCUCUGUUCUGGGAAACACUUUGGGCCUAUAGACUGACGUUCUCCUCUUUCCUUUUUAUAUAAAGUUACUGAUUUUAGCCUCGGAGCAUAUACUGUUGACAAAGAGAAUAUAUCCACCCUCCUUUGUACGUAUCAAUCAGCCUGCGUUACACUGGGUUAAUGGAUGAUGGGGCCAGAAAUCACUUAUAUUUGUAUACACAUAUUUUUGAAGCCAGCAGCAUUUAUGAUCAGGGAUAGGCUUUGUGUGUUCAAGGCAGUUUGCUUGUUUGCUCAUAAUUUACCAUUUAAAAUAAGCUGUUAUUAGACCGAGCUGAAGCUCAAGUGAAGUCAAGUUUAUGCUAAAGGAUGCUCCACUUUAAAGUGCAAUAACAGAGUUUUAUUUCCUCAUGGUUCAAACAGAACAGAUCUUCAGAAAUGUAACUGGUCAUUUAUACGCACCGCAGCAUUUCCUUCUUCCCUAUCCUCCAUUAUUAGAGAGGUCAGAGGUCAGGAUCAGCUUCACUGCACAGUGAAUAUUUAACAGCUCGCUUUACAGUCUCAACACAUGAGUGUAGAUGAUAUCGGUUGACACAAAGCCGUCACAGAGACAGUUUUCCGUGUGCUCGGUUUGAAGGAGGUUUCAUUCCUGAUUCAUAUUUCUGGUAGUAAGGAUUAAGCAGCCUCCUCUCUCUCCAUCCUGAUCGCUCUGUUUGAAAUUAACCAGAGCAGAACCUCUGACAGGAGCAGCCUCACAGAGUCACUCAGUGCCACGCCGCAAAGUCUUGUAGUGAUUUUUCCAAAAAGUUUGAAAAUUCCACCUAAAUUGUUUUAUAAUCAUAGUCACAGCACUCAUACACAUUAUCAUUCCAUUAUUUAAUAUCUUUCUCUGACCAUAUUAAAGACUAUAUGGAAAAGGAGAGGAUGCAGAUUAAUAGAUGAAGCUGUACUUUUUGCUCUCUGUAGUUGGGAAAUAGAAGCACAAGCAAAUGUCAAAAGGUCUUCCAUCUGUGUGACCUUUGACCUUUGGGUUCCCUGUUUGAAUCAAGCGGCAACCUCCGGUCUCAAAAUAUGAAGCCUAUGCGGAAGUGUUAUAAACUGCAGUUCAUGGAGUGUCCACUUGAGGCUGGCUGCAGAAACACCAGAAACCACAUACACACCCAUUCAAAGAAGACGAUCUUUACAGCAGAAAUAAACAUGUUUACAGCCUGGUUCAAAAAACGGCUCAAAAGUUGGUUAGGAGGCUCAAUCCCUGCCUCUUUACCUUACACUCUUUUGGAUGAGUUCAGCAUUUCCAAUAUGGCUGCCACCGACAAUCGGCUUCAAAACAGCGCUUCAGAAACAGAUGAGUGACAUCACGGAUACUACAUCCAUUAUUUAUGCAGUCUAUGGUGGGAAAUAGAGGCAGAAGCAAAGAGCAAGAGUUACUUUGAAUAUUUUCUCAUUUUAAAAGUACAAUUUUUCAUCAAUUUUAUCGGUCCCUGGUUGUAAUACAGUAUUCCCGCCAGACGGUGGCUAUAGAGCGUCUUAAAGCAGUUUGCUAACCGCAUUAGCAAACAGAAGAAGAAUGCUAACUGCAUUAAAUAGGAAAAUAAGAAGAAAACAUUAGCUACAGUCACUGCUUUUUUCUCAGUUUCUGAAUCUCACGCUACUACACACGUAUUUCCAGAGACUGAGCAUGGCUGUAACAUGUAAACACAGAAACACUGACAUAAAGAUCCAGACAGACGCUGUCAGUGCCCGCUACUAGCAGAGAUUUUAUUAUUCUAAUAAUCGUCUAAUAGAUUCCAAUGAUUAUUGAAUAGUAUUUUGGCUUGAAAUGCCCAUCCCUACUGCAUGCAUUACUACCACUAGUUGCCACAGUAGGAAUCUGAACAUGUGUUCAAGUUAAAAAUAAUCUAAUUUUAGUCAUAAUUGCAUGCAUAUACACAGGAAAGUUGUACAAAUGAGGCCUACAGAGACUAAAUAUGUUUGAGUAAUCUCCUUUUUAGUCAUGUUAUGGAGGAAAACUGAGAGACCUUGGACUCUUGACCAUUGAAAUGUAGUCAAAGCUUUCGCCAGAUGUUUCAUCAUCACGAAAUUAUAAAUAGGAUGAGUGCAGCAUGAGGUUUUUUAAAUCUCACUUCCUUGGAUAAUUCCUUAAAGUAAGAAUAGCUAAAGCCCUGGUCCAGCUAACACUUUUUUCUUCUCAGUAUUUUGAGACUAAUUCUCAAAUUUUUAAGAAUAGGCGCUCAAAGAAGUUAUAGCAAUAAUGUCCCAGUCGCCUCUGUUUUGAUGGCUGUUGAUUACCAGCUGGACAGACACACACUGAGCUAACCGUGUAAUACUGGCAAAGAGACUAUAAUUAGAACGUUUUACAGCAAGCACUCAGCUGUCCCUACCUGUUUAUCAAGCAUGUGUGUCAGCAGCUCAGGUGAAGAGUUUUAGUGUACUCGCCCAGCCUCGUGUUAGACAUGAUAAGGGAUCAAACAUGGUGCUGUUGGUAGUUCAGACACAAUAAGAGUCUGUUUGUCCAACAGAAAAUACAUCCACCGUAAAUCCUUCUCUUAAAGGGAGACGUCUCUCUAUCCCCCCUGAGUUCAUGCAGAGAGAGGAAGGAAAGCACAGUGUGAUGUAACCACAGCAGCAGGCCGGCGCGAGGUAGAAUGUUUCACAGCAACACCGACAGAGCGAGAUGAGUCUCUGGCUUGAUGCCUGCGCUGACUUUCUAUUUCCUCACCCUUAAUCUCUCUCACUCUGUCGCUCUCUCUAUCUCACCCCGUGUCACCCUGUUUCACCCGUGUUUUGUAUUAAGUUGCUGUGGUGACCAGCACUCUUUGUUCUGAGAUUCACAGAGCCCCUUGUUCUAACGUGGAUUCAAGCAUCUGCACUGUCAGACACUGAUAUUUAAACCCACUGAGAGGCUUCGGAAGUGCAAAGAUGCCCCUUAUGUAUACAGUCUGUGGUGUGGAUUUCUAAAACUAAAUUCCCGUCUCUGACCCUUCUCAUGAGAUCUAAACUCAAACAACUUCUGUAGAUCUGUUUUGGGCUUUUAACAUAACUUAUAACGAUUAUAAAUGAUCUAGAUCUUUACAUUUCAACAUGUUAUCAUGUUCUCUCGCAUUCACCUUAUUUAUAAGUCUGGUUGCUCUUUUCUGUAACACAUACAAAGGUUCGGUAUCGGUUAUAUACGUGUUGUCCCGUACCUCAGAGCAAUAACUAAAAUAUGGAAGAACAAGCGAACAGAGAGGCAGAAUCCAAACUGUCUUUGGCCCCGCCUUUAUAUAAUCUGAAUGUGGUUUCCAGGUCAGUUUAUCAUCUGUUAUCACUCCCAGAAAUUAAGCUUCAGACACCUUCUCACCUUUUUGAACCAUUUACAACCCUGAUAUUUUGAUCAUCCUGUUUCAAUCACCCAAAGUCAUAUGUUGUCUUUUAAUGCCAAAGGGAAGCAGAAUAACAUUUACAACUCAUACACAUUUAAAAAAUAGAUAGAAAUGCUUCUUGGGGCACUGGUGGCCUUGUGGUCUAAGCACUCCAUGCAUAGAGGGUACAGUCCUCGUCGCAGAGGUCGCCGGUUCGACUCCCGGCCAGUUGGCAAUUUGCUGCAUGUCUUCCCCCGCUCUCUACUCCCCCAUAUCCUGUCUCUCUUCAGCUGUCCUGUCAUUAAAAAGACAAAAAUGCCCAAAAACACAACUUAAAAAAAUGAUAAUAAUAACAAAUGCUUCUCAUAAGAAAUUCAACGUCAGGUUUAAACAGGGUAUCAGGAUGUAAGCCCUUCCUUUCUCCGUGUCUGUUCUCCGAGGCAUCAGUGGGUGUUAUUGCCAGACAAAAUGUGAGGUCACAUUGCAGUGGGUGCAGAUCCAGAUUGAGCAGUGAGGUGUUUGUCAGUCCCAGUGGGAUCCAGACCCUUCACCUCCACCCGAGCUGCAGGGGUUUAUACCACAAGCACUUCAAACACAAUCUCCUCCUGAUUGGGCUGCAGGAAGGCGCAGCACACACACAAAGGCUCAAUACUCCCUGUUAAAGCACAAUGAAACCAGCCUCACAGGAUCCUGUGAAGCAGAGACUUUCAGAGGCUAUCCCUGUCAGACCACAGGAGUGCAUGUUACUGCAGUCAUUAACCCUCAGAGUGAGAGAGAGAGAGUGAGAGGAGAGAAGCUGUCAGUAACCAUGGCAGCUCCUUUUUUUCAUUUUUCAUAAGAUGUGUAUUUGUUAACAGUUCAGCAUGUGCGGCUGACGCUGCUGCGCUUUCAGAGCCGGUUGUCCAUUCUGCUGCUCUCAGAAUUCCCUUUUGUGUGAGCGCCCUGAUAAGAGAGCAAACAAUUAGCCUCAUCAGUUCACAGUGAAUAACAAGAGCUGAGCACGCUCACUGAAUUCAUAUGAGGCUGCUGUAAGAAAAACACGCCAUUGACAUUUUAGCAGAGAGAGAGAGAUUAAAGAUAGAUGGAUAUAUAUAUAUAUAUUAUCCUCAGAGAUUGUCCUGCCUUAAAGGGGCAUUCCCUGACAAAACACUCACAUCUUGUAAAGCCAUGUAAAGUAAUCCCUGAUCCAAGGCACAAAAACAAAAACCAGAACAGUAACAAUCAACAAGAACAUACAGCAAACAUUUCAAACAUUUACAUUUUAUAUAAGCACAGUUAUGUUUGAGCUACUCUCUCUCUGUAAAUUAAUGUACAUAGUAAAUAGUGUUGGGUCUUAUUAUUUAUUUAAAUUAGGAGGGAUUAUUAUAAAUAAUCAGCCCCCUUCACCGGACACAGAAUCACAACUGAUCUUGUCUGAACCGAAAUGAACCUUUACUCAUUCGAUUCAUCUCAGAACUCCUUCCCAAGGAUUCAGACUCACACAUUGAGUCUUUUCUGUGUCGAGUCGCAGCCCGAAGCUGACUCAGACCCAUUAACACCCGGCAGGGUGCCCGACAGCCCAACAUCUAAUUGUAGAUCCAAAAUCAGGUUAAUUCCAUAACGCCAUACCUUGUAAGAAAAUACCCAAUUUAAAAUAUGACAUAAGCAUGAAAACAUGAAAUAUUUUAAAAUCUCAGAUCAAGAAAAUAAAAUUAGUAAAAAAAAAAAAAAUCAUUAAAACACAAUUUGUUAAAGAAAUUAAAAGAUUGUAGUUAAAGAAAUAAAAACUAUGGUUGAAAAAGGAGUUUGCAUCCAUUUAGUGGCCAUGUUGCCACCCUUUUCUACAGGCAUGCUUCUUUACAUGAGCAUGAAAUGAAAGCAGGUUUCCAUACUGAGAAAUAGCCAUGUCCAGGCAAAUGCUCUGUUAAUAUGUGAUAAUCAACUUGACUGUUAAUAUCUUUUUUAAUUAAGGACAGCAGGUCUAUAUUAUCGAAGAUGGCAGGAAAGUGCUUUAUCUACUUAGGCUGCAGGAUUAGGUGUUGUGUUGUUCCUUCUAACUCGACUUUAUGACUGUUUCUAAGAAAAUAGCUGUUAUAUAUGAUGGAGGACUAAGCAGCAGCGGCAGCAGCAACACAGGCAGGUCUAUCUGUUGCUUUAUGAGAUUACUGUGCUGGGAAGCUUCAGUGCACAGUUUGCAUGGAUGAGGUCAUGUCAGUGUACAGCAGGAACUGAAAGAGUUCAUCAUCACGUCUGUUAAAUACCGACGAUCCGAGCUGUUACACCUGAGUUUAUAAUAAUGUGUCUUUUGUUGGCAUCUGGAAAAGCAGCUGCUCUUUUCAGAUCAUGCAUUUUGGAGCUUUUUGAAAUCUGUUUUUAUGAAGAAGGAUAAUUGAUUUGCUGAACAUAAUUGUAAUACACUGUAUAAUAGCACAGCAUUGAUAACUAAUGUUGAUGGAAAUACAAAAAUCAGUACUUUUACAAAUGUUUAUUUAUCCUGUCUAGAGUAUUUAUAGGAAAUGAUUUUAUGUAUAGGCUACUAUAUACUGAUUACUCAUUGUGAGCACUUUUUACACCAUACAGCAGUCAUAUUGUGCCAUUUUUACUGACUUAAAGCUCCAUGAUACUUUGAAUCUGGUUCAGUGUAUGCACAGUCAGCAUUCCCCAAAAUGUAUUCACAAUGUUUCUGAUCUGGUUUUGCGUGUAAUACCAGGGUAAAAUACCACUGUUGAAGUCGACAUCAUGUUGAAUGCACUUGUCUUGUUGCUGUUUGUCACAGAGCUAUGAAUGUUAAAACCAUCUGAGAUUAUAAUGCUUUUGUUUGUUGCAGGAUCUUAACAACCAGGGUGAUAUUGUUUCAGAUCCUCACCUUUCAGGAACUUUGAUUAAAAGGAACUUCAAAUGAAUGCACAUUUAGAUGCUUAAAGUGUCUCUGAUACAUCUCAAAUCAAACAGGAUAGUGCACAUAUCAGGUUUUCUCAAGCAACAAGCCUUGAGUCACACGACUACGUAGAUUUCUAUGGGAAUAUUUAUUGUGUGUUUAUUUUUAGAUGAUGGAUUAGUGCUGUUUGUGCCUUAUAACUAUGAUGAAUGUGUUUCAGAGUAUGAGCGUGUACUGUUUCUCUGUUUUCUCUCUGCCUGUCCUCACAUCUGUUUCUCGUUCCGUAGAUGUGCGUGUCUGCUUGUCCUCCUUUUUUAUGUCUGUAUAAAAUUCAAUCCGAUUAGUGAUCUUCAGUCUAAAACUCUCUCUGCGUGUCUUUCAGAAUAGGCUCUGAAGUCACAGCGUAUUAUAUUACAAGUUCCUUUAACCGCUUGUCAUCUUUUACUCCGAAUAACCACACAGGGACAAAAGGGGGUGAGGGUUUAGUCCUGCUUGGUUGCAAACUGUGCUAUUUACAAUUUAUUCCAAGUGGUUUGAUUAUAGAACAGGAAGACCUUUCCAUGGGUUGUGAUAAAAUCAGAAGUAUGGUUUUUUUUCUUUUGUAUGGGAUGAUUGCAUUGCCAUUAUUAUAUAUAUACAACAUUGUAAUGUUGAGAAAUCUGAAGGCUUUUAUAAAAAAGACGAUGCACACGCUUUGAAUAUAGGUAAACUAAUAGAUUAAAUCAAUAACCCUAAAGGGUCAAAAGGUUGCAUGUUUUUUUCUGGGUUUAUUUUCCUGUACCAUGUUUUUAAUGACUUGUGCUGCAACUUAUCUGCACUUUUGUAAGCAUUCAUUCAAAACCUUCACAUACACAAAUGGUAGGAAUGUAAAUGUAGGAUCUGUGUUGGUGUGGUAGAGAAAAGAAUGUGUUUCUUUCUCCAUCAUGUUUUGUGGAAACAAUAUAAAUCACACCCUGACGUGAUCGUGCAUUAACAAAAAAGGAUUAAGACAGUUGAAGUUGACAGGCAGCACAUCAUGGACCAACAUCACAUUCUUCAGUCUUCCUUGUAAAGUUAGGUGUUGUGUCUUUCAACAGUUUUCUAAUUAGCUAAUUGUACUUGAUUUAAAGAGCCAUGUGCUGAUACUCAACGAAUCAAAAACAGACAUCACCAUAGAUAAUGUACUGCAAACUUUAGCUCCAAUGUGAAGAAUGACCAAAUUUCACACUGUCCUGUGUUGAGUAUCAGCAUCAGACCGUUUGAUUCAGGUGUGAUGAAUUAUUGUAUAUAAGAUGUAUAUAAAAUGUAAUACUGGGUUUACUUCUAAAACACUGAAAUUCAUUCUACCUGUUACUGGAAUGUUCAUAAUGUCCAAACUCUCUGACAGAAUAAACUAUAUGACUCUUUAACUUCA